AUGUUUCACGAAGGAGAAUUUAUUGAUGUUAAGAAAUGUAAAGAAAUCUUAGAAAAAAAUGAGCCUUAAAAGAGUGAUUGCGAGAAGGAAUACAUCAAAAAUAUUCUUAAGCAAACUACUUUAUUUAAGUAAUUUGAAGAAGAAAUUAAGUUUUAAAUGUAAGAGAAUGAAGAUUUAAAGUAGCAUAACUCAGACUAAAAUAAUUAAAGAGAAGUUCUUGAUAUAGAAAUAUUGCUUAAUAGAACUCAAAGAAAUAUUAAAUAUUUAAGAGUCCCUAUUAACUAAUUCCUAUUUCAUAAAGGUGAAGUAGGAGAUAGAUUAUACAUGAUUAUCAAAGGUCAUGCAGCUGUUUAUGCUGAAAGAGAAAAGGGCUAAAUAAAUUCAGAUCUAAACAAAGAAAAAAAUUUGACAAAAUAAAUAUAAUUAUUGACAAACAAAAUUCUUCACUAUGAGCUAAGCAUAGAAUAAAAAGAAAAGAAAAUAUUAGAUGGAAUUUAAUUUGAAUAAUAACUAAUUUAGCAGCAAUUAUAAUAAUAGUAGCAGUAAUAAGAAUCAAAUGAUACUAGCGAUAUUGAGAAUAAAUAAAUAAAUUUGAUCAGAAAAUAGCAAAGGAAAUAAGAAGAGCAAGCUUUAGCAUAACUAAAAAAUACUCUAUGUGAAUUAAAAGAAGAACUUUAAAAUUACUAAAAAUAAUUAAAUCAUCUCAUAUCAGUAGAUUAAUAAAUUUUAAAAUAAGCAUGCUCAUCGAAUAAAGAACUAUAAGCAAAAUAUUUUACAUCUGCUUCUACUAGUGGAAAUAUUUGUUAUUACUAAAAGUUAAAAACAUUAGAUCCUUUUAAUCACUUAGGUGAGGCAAGUAUUUUGACAAAUGAAAAUAGAACUGCAACUGUUAUGGCUUGUUACCCAUAGAAUCCUUCUCAAAGUAAAAAUGAAUAAGAAAACAAUAUUCUUGAAGAAGAAAAUAUAAACCAAGUAGAGAAUGAAGAGUCUUUUUAGUAAAUGGAAAUUUCAAGUAAGAAUGAAGAAGAUCAAGAUUUGCAUUUACUAUAUUUAGAAGCAAAUGUGUUCGUUAGUAUAUUUUCUUCCACUCUUGACUAAAUAAACUAUCCACUAACUAUUUUAAGCAAGAUUUUAAAUUAGACUUCAAAAGAUCUGCUUGUAAGAAUAUCUUAUCUCUUUAAACUAAAUGAAUACAAGUUUAAUAAACAAAUAUUUACAGAGGGAGUUGACUUAGCUAAUUGUGUUUAUUUAAUAAAAAGAGGAUCUAUAUAGCUUUAAAGAAAUGCGCGCUAAGAUGAGCUAGAAGGAUAGAAUAAAAAUGAAAACUAAAUUAAUGAAGAAACAGAAAAUCUUAAAAAUAAAAAAAAAAUUUAAAGCCUCAAAAGAUAAAUAGUAAUUGCUGUAAUUGGAGAGGGAUAAUUUUUUGGUUUAGAGGAUAUUUCUUUCAAAAAGAAAUAUAGAAGCGACGAGCAAAAUGAGGACAGCACUGAAAAAGUUUUUGAUAAAAUUCAAAAAAGGACUUGCAGUGCUGUAGCCCUCACGAAUUGUUUAGUUUAUGCUGUACCUAAAAAUUUACUACUUACUUCGAGUUACUAAUUUUAUGAGUUAUAGUAAAUUCUAUAUGAUCAAAGUAAAGUAAAAUAAUAAUUUUAUCUGAAUUAAGCAAAAAAGAAUAAUAACAUUUAACAUUACAUGGAAAGAGAGAUGAAUCGAAUUUAGUAAGAGCCAUUAAUAGAGAAGGCUAUCAUUUAAAUGAGCAUGAAUCACCAUAAAUAAAUGAUGAAUGGUUCAAACAAAGUAUCUAACAUGAUGGAUUCUUACAUUAAAGUAAAUAAAGAUGUAUUAGAUAAUUAAAAAAGUAUACUCUAAAUGGCUCACCUAACUGAAAAAGUUUGUAAAGCUGCUAAAUAAGGAUAAGGUGAAUUAGAAGGUAAUAUAUAGGGUUCAUAGCAAACUUCUCCAACAAAACCUAAUUAUGGAAAAGUGAAAUAAUUAAUCAAUAGGAAUCCUGCAGAAAUUAUUUAUGCCCAUUUAGUUUAAAGUGAAAAUGAAAAGGCUUUGAAUAUUAAAGAAAAUGUAGUUCUAUCUGUAAUGCCAUAGUCUUAAAAAAAUGUGAAAGAUAUUUUACUUGCUUAAAAAAACUACUCAAAGUCUAAAGAUUUGCAUAACAAAAACAUCAGAAUACCCUCUAGACAAAAUUUAAAUGAAACAAUUUUUGUUUCAUAAAGUCACAAUAACUUACUUGCAAACCAACAAAACAAUAAUUUUUAACUAUCAUAAUUAAACUCUAAAAGCAACAGAUAUAUUAAUUCUUUAUGUGAACUAGAAGAAACACAGCCUUAAUAAUACAAAAUCGAAAGAAAAAAUAAUAUAAUACAAGUAAAGAAAAUUAAAAAUUUUAAAUCAUAAAAUUCUUAAGCAGUGGGGUUUGAAAAUACCUAAGAUCAAGAAAAAGAAGAUAAUACUUUGCAGACUCAAACUCAACAUAAAUAAAUAAAAUCUUUAGGAUCCACUUAGUUUUCAACACCUUUGAUAAAACCAACAUCUCUUGAUCAAGAAAAAAAGUUUUAAUACCUAAAACAGAUAUAAUCUAGUUUUUUAGAACUAAACACUCCUCCUACUGGUAAUUUUCAGCUUGAUGCCACUAACAUACCAACUAAUAAUCUUGAAGACAGCUAGGAAAAGAUACAUGAUAACAAAAAUAGAGCUAUGUUAUUAAAUACUAAAAGUAUAGAUUUUGAUUCAAAAAAAUCGUACUAUUCUAAUUUUCUUACAAAACAGAUGCUCUCAACGAAAAACCAACAAGGUAAUUUUAGUGAUAGACAAGAUAAAAGUAUCUCAGCAAAUCAAACUGAGAGAUCUAUUAAAUAAGGACGACUUAUACAAUUAAAGAAUGAUUUUGAUAACUUAAGUUCAUCUUAGAAUGAUAGUUUUACAAAAUCUGAGUUAUUAUUAUCAAAUUCGUAGAGCCUUUAAAAUAUAUCUAAGCAAUUUAAUAAUUAAGACUCCAUUCAAGAAACUUAAAAUACUGAAAACAAUUAGAAAAUAUUUUAAUAAAGCAUUCCUUAGAGAGCUAUCAACAAAAAAUCAUCUUAUUUCAAGCAAAAUUAAAAUGAUCUUCCGAAUUCUGAAUACCAAGACUAGAAAUCUGUCCAUUUUAUAUCUUAAAGCAGCUCAGAUAAAAAAUAAGGAGAUUUAAGGUAAAAUCAUCGAGGAUUUUCUGUUGGUUAAAUGAGAAAAGAAAAUAAAUAUCAUUCCCCCUUUUAAAUAUAAGCUUUAUAAUCAAACUAAAUAUACAAAAAAUAACCUUUAGAUGUAUAAUCCGAGUAAUAACAAUAAGAAGAAAAUGAUUUAAAAAAAUAAAAUACUACUUAGUUACUUUAAAGUGAAAAAUAAAUUAAAAAUUAAAAAAAAUUCAAUUACUUUUUGUCUUCAUCAAAUUUAGACUAACUAGAAAACUCUUUUAAUUUUUAACAAAACCAAAGCAAAGAUUAAUUUUCUUAGACAUAGUUUAGAAAUAAAUUCAUAAGGCUAUCAAACGAAUCACGAUUUAAUAAUACUUUAUAUAAAUCAUAAAAGUUUACUCCUUCAAAAAAUGGAAAGCUUAAACCACUUCUUCCUCUACUAUCACCUUAGCAAAUAGAGCCCCCAUAACUCAUAGAAGCAUUCAAUCCCUUUUAAUCAAGAAGAUUAUAACCUUCUAGAGUAAAAUUUGAUUGA